GCUCAAUCCCUACUUGACGUUUCGGGAGUAGGAAAUGGGCUGUUCUUGAGUGCAGCUAAGGAGACGUGCAGUUUGUUUCUUGAGUUUUGAGUUUGAGUGUAGUGUAAUAUAGGGAAACAAGAAACAACAUGCACGCAUUAUCGCCACAGGAGCUGGGCGUGUUGCAGGACAAGCUGGAGCACCUCCAGGAUGCUGUCAGCCAGCAGGGAGUUCUCAGAAGGUACUUGCUACGAGCGCGUGGUUUCAUCUUGUGGAUGUCGUUCACAUUUUUAUUUUGUGUCGCUUUGGUUGCUUUGCUUUUGGUCUGCUUGCAUCAUCUGCUGUAUGUUUCAUUCUGUUGUUUUUCUGUAUGCGACGUCUACGCGCCCAAAAAUUUAAGAGCACGUAGCAAUCUCAUGUGAAGAUGAAAAUCAUAAUCAACGACUUGAUCGAAAAUACAAUCCAGGCUCGCCGUGGCACUCGAGACGGAUGACCACGUGGGCCUGUCCUUCUGGCUCGCCGCCAGUAUGCAGCUCGCCGCCACCGUGUUUUUCUUCUUUCAGGUUUUCCUGGUGCCAAGAAGGUGGGCAAACAGCAUGAUCGUCGCCGGGCUGGUCACCGGGGUAGCAUGGCACCACUACACCUACAUGAAGGACAUAUGGGCGGAGACGAAGAAAGCACCAACCAUUAUCCCACGGAAAAAAGCAGGCAGGGUAGAUUUGUAAUGCAAAAAUGAAAACGCAGAAAAAUAAAAAAUGGGCGGCGGCCCCAUGGCAUGCUGUUUAGGAUGCCGCGCAAUACAAAUUUUUCCGUGUAUAUGUAUUUGUUUUCGCAUUACAAGUAUGCCCUGCCUGCUUGUUUCUGGGGGAUAACCAUCUACCGCUACAUGGACUGGCUCAUCACCGUGCCGAUGCAGGUAAGUACUUCUCAUGAUCAAUCGUCGAUUUUUCCAUGUCAACAUGGUAGUAUAGUUGUCGGCUUUACAACUCCUCCUUUGGCUGCACCCACUUCGUUAGAGGUCCUCGCGUUUCUAUCCCAGCAUUAUCGAGCUUAACGUAGAGGGUGUGGUUUAAUACCAGGCGUUCAUUACAUUUACAUACAAAAUUGCUUAUCAGGUCGUGGAAUUCUACCUUAUACUGGUAGCGGCAAACCCGGAGAGCUCAACUCCCAUCGGCAGCAAUCUUUUUUUCCGACUCAUGUUCUCCUCGAUAUUGAUGCUCGUCUUCGGAUACAUGGUAUUGAAUCUAUUUGUUUCGUCUUUGUUGUAUUUGCCUUCGUUUCAUCGAGGAUGAUCUGCAUGACAAAGCUCAGCUCAAGAAUUUACGAGUUCUAGAUGUAUUUCAGUAUACAUCGCGACGUAUUUUCUACUAUCGCAUUCGCAUCAGGGCGAGACGGGUGUGAUGGACAAAUGGGUCGCCUUUUGCUGCGGCUGCUUCAUGCACGCGUACAUCGGGUUUGAGGUGUUUUUCGGGGAGGCCAGCAAAAUCUCGUCGCGCUUAUCCCUGCUCGAGGCAAAGAAGUUUCUGUCGCGCUUGAGCGGGAGGGACGGCGAGAUGGUAUGCAUUGCAAUAGCAUCGCUAUCGUACUAGUAUGAGUCGCAUCACAAAUUUCCUCAGCGUGAGAAAUGAAAUCUGUAAUGCGGAUUUAACUUGAGAAAGAAAUUUGUAAUGCAGGAACGCGAUUACAACUACGAUACUGUUGCAAUUCAUAGAUGGAUGAGGACGACGAUAGCUUGGAAAACGGGGCGAAGAGAAAACAGAUAGAAGUGGAGAAAGCACUGAAGAACGCUGGGUAUAAUCGAACGUUUUCGUUAUCGUUAUCGUUUUGUAGGAAUCUGGGAUGUUGUUGAGUAGAUCAUGAUGAUGUGGUUCAACAUUUGUUUUUCGAUUUCGCCCUGAGUACUUAGCAUUGCGCGCACAUGAACAUCUGUCUUGCUCAUUGAUGCAGCAGUAGCAUGAGUGAAAUUCAAAUUCCUUUUCGUUGUCCAAAUUAUGUGUAUGCCCGACUCAUCAAAACCGACAGACUCCGCGGUAAGCAGAACUUGCGGGAAUUCAAGAAGCCGGAGGCCCAGCUCGCGUUCGAGAUUUUGUAUCCUGAGCAAAAACGUCCCCACCCCAGAGACAAGAUGGGGAUCUCGCAACACAAAUCCAGCAGUUUUGGGAGGCACGCAUGACAAGUUAUCAUCUGUAUUGUAGUGCAGUUUCGCAAGUCCAGGCGCAUGACAAAGCCCUCUACUUUUUAUCCUGUUUACAGCAUUACAAAUUCCGAAACACGAUUGGAAAUGCCUCUCAUGGAGAUACGCAUUACAGAUCUUCCUGUCACUGCAAAACUGCAUGACAACUAUGGAGUGGGGGCGUUUUUACUCAGCAUAUUUUGCGUGCCAUCAUCGUCUUCGGUUGGACGCUCUACCCGAUCGGCUAUGUUGCGGGCAACUUAGGCGGUGACGACGAGGAGGAAAUUUUGAAUGCGAUUUACAAUGUAGCUAUGAAAUACAAAUUUCCCGUACAUGAUCUACAAAAUGGAUGACAAAUUUCGCUAACUUGGAGCUGUGUCCAACUUGUCAUCCUGAGUGGACGAGAUUGAAGGUAAAUUUUGUCAUGCAGAAACCGCAUUUGUUUUUGUACGUGUACGGGAAAUUUCCUGUGGAUAGUAGCGGACCUGAUCAACAAAGUCGCCUUUGGGUUAGCCGUCUACUACGCCGCCGGGUCACAAAGUGAAAAGGAGAAAGCAAUCGACAGGGCUGUCAAGGUAUUAUUAAUGUGGUAUAUCUAAAUCUAUAUUUUUGUUUUAUAUAUAAAACAAAAAUAUAGAUUUAGAUAUACCACAACUUUAUUUGAGAUGUCCAUGUCUAUAGUCCUCUUGGGUACAAGAACUUGAACUAGCGCUAGCGGUUUUAGCAUGACAAGUGCGUGAAGAUGAACAGGAUUUCAAUCUCAAACAAUACAAAACACACUGUACUACAGAAACCAACAAUCGAGCAGCUGGUGGCGAGAAAGGGGGGUCAGUUGGACGUCGUAGCUAUGAACUGCAAAAGUAUCGUACUCGUAGUAAUGGCAAUCAUGCAUGACAAAUCUUUUUCUUAGGGUAAAUCCGCAUUACAAAUUUCAUUUCCCAUGAUGAGAAAAUUUGUAAUGCAUUUAAAUUUAUACGACUAGCUACGAGUACGAUACUUUUGCAGUGCAUAGUAGCUCACGCUCUGCAAAAGAAAAUGAUGGAUGCCAAACAAGUGGCACCUGGCGCCGGGGGCGCAACGACGAACAUGUACUAAAUAAAAAAUCGUAAUUUUGUCGUGGGAAGAGGGGAGGUUGAGCUUCGUCCUCGACAAGUAGACUGUUCACAGGGAUGCAUGCAGAUGAAGUUCAUGAUGUGAAACCAGUACCAGACAAUAAAAAUGUUUCAUCAGGUUCGCAAGUGUGGUCCCGAAAUUUGGUCCACAAUCAGUCCCGAACAACUCACCUGCGAAGCCGUUUUCUGGAAACCUAAACAUGUCGCUCCCAACCGCCAUGUCAGGUAAGAAUCAAGUUCAAACUAUACCUUUCUAGAGUUGUGCUCCUUUCGUAUGCAAUUGCGAGUGCAAAUUUUUGUCUCGGGUUUGAGCAGCGCAUCGUGUACAGUUUUUAUGCUAGAGGUGGAAGAAGAAACGAAUACGAAAGCCGCCAAAUAAACAACCAGGCCCCGUUUCUUUUGACCGACCAAUAAGUGCGCAGGGGAGCCCGGUGCACCAGCAGGGUGAGCAGAAGGGAAGCUACUGGGACCAGGGUAUCAAACGGAAAAAUCCCCCCUCCCCAUAUCGAAAUGGAAAUCUGUGAUGCAGGAUUUGAGGUACCAAAUCGACUUGUCAUGCUAGAAGGCCAAGAGCCGCAGUCGUGGUCUCGUUUGCAGGCAAUUUGUCAUGCUGUUGCCCACUCUCAGCUGCCUCCUAUCAUGCUGAAGAUGCAAGGCUCCCCCACGCCACCCAGCACUACAGUCCGCAUCUUUUCCCGUGUAGCAUGACAAAGCUGAUUUGUGACAACAAAUCUGCAUCACAGAUUUCCGUUUUGAUAUGGGGAGGGGGGAUUUUUCCUUUUGAUACAGGGCGGUCAUCAGCAAAGCAGCUGGGGGAAUAAGUGGGAUUGAAAUUGAUCGCAUCUGAAUUAAUAUAGAGGAUCGCGUGCUCCUUUGCUACUCUAUUGGAGGUAGGAUGAAAAGCGAUAGGAUACUGGGAGGAAAGCAUGAAAUGAUGACGAAUAUUAUGCCAGAGUAGUACCAGAAUACAUGUAGACACGCGAGAGUACCAGAAAAAGAGUCGAAUCAGCACCAGUCCGUACUACCCCUGUAUAGAUUGAUACGGACGCUCGCACCCACUGGUAGCGCUAGUGUGAAAGAAGCGACCAAGAAGGGCAGCGAAGAAGGUGCGAAUUAUCGCAUCAUGUAGAAAAACAAAGUCCAGACCUAAAGCAAAGAAAUCGAAAUAUUGUGUUUGUAGCUCAGAAAGGAAAUAAUGGAAAACGCAACCGUAAGUGAAAGCAUUAAGCAUGUAGGAGUGCAGCAUGCAAAAUGCUGUGUCAACGAGCAAACCCAUUCUUGCUCAAAAAGUUUCUAUACUUCAGUAACCAUAGCAGGCGUUUAGCAAGUGCAAGAAGAAAGGAAGUAGACAUGACUGCGAUUGGUAGAGUCGUCGUACGAGGCGCGCUCUACUUUGAUGAAGUGCUAAAGGAAAAAGUAAAAGAACAAGAAGAGUAAAGACGAGUUUACAAGGUAUCGUACUUCAGAUAGUGAACUGUGACGACAUGACCUCUUGCAGCGCUAAGGCCGUCGUGUUCCGGUCGUGCUUCCAUCACUGUCAAAU